GGAAAGCACGCGAAAUUGUAAAAUUACGAGUCGAGCUAUCCAAAAUUAUCUUUUUUUUAUUCAUAUUUCAUUGGAAUUGCAGCCAAUAUUAUGUGAGACAGAGAAAGUAAGUCUCAUUUAUAUGAAUACUGACGAGAUUACUUUGAUACAUAAAUAAAAUCGAAAUCACUAAUUAAUUGAUGCAAAAAUGGUACUGCUCUUUCUGCUAAUAUUAUUAUUCCAAAAAGCAUUAUGUAUCAACACUUCCAGCAUCCUAUUCCAAGAAGUCUCCGAAUACCACGAAGAAACGCGCAAAAAGGCCGAAUAUGCGAACGAGGUCGUCAGUAAAAUCUACAACGCCUUCAAGCAAUGGUUCUUUACCAUCACCUUCUGUGAUUUCACCUACUUUGAAAAUAGAAUCCUCAAAUAUACUGAAAACAUGGGUGAUGGAUAUCCAGUUCUUCUGCUAAACGGUUGUCCAGAUACUAAUAGAACAAAAACUAAACCAAGAAUAGAUAAACACGGUCAAACAGCUUAUGUUAUUACUUUUGAUGCUUUGUCUACUGAAGUCAGUGAAUAUGUUAUACAAGCUUUAGUCAGAACUGGAGUUUUCAAACCAAGAAGUGCAGUGGUAUUCGUCAUAAAUGUUGCGAUUACAAUGGAUAAUUAUUUUUUCUACACUAUGAAGACACAUUUCCAAUUAUUAUGGAGUAGGAAUAUAGCAAAUUCGGUAGUUAUUGUGUCAUCUGCUAGUCUGAAAGUUUAUUCUUAUAAUCCUUUUAAUGAUCAAGUCAUCGAUAUAACAAAUGUGGAGAAUAUUGGCCGCUUUUUGUCUCAUCGGUAUAAUGAUCUUUGUAAACAUGAAUUGCGACUUAGUGUGUUUAGAAAAGUUUUUAUCUAUGAUGAAACUAGUCCAGUCGAUUGUAGUUCUAGGCUCACUACCACUAUUAUUAAGGAACUGAACGCAUCGUGUAAAGCUUUAUCACCUAGAGAUGGAAAUACAGUUGGAGAUCUUCUAGAUAAUGGCACUGCUACUGGAGUAACAGGAGAUUUGAUGGAUGGCUACACUGAUAUGGAACUGAACUCUAGAAUCCUCAAAAACACUUAUUACGGCUACAUAGACACGACCUAUCCUCUAACACAAGAUCAACUUUGUUUUUUAGUCAAAAAAGCUACCAAACAAUCUGUAUUUACAACUAUCAUGAAACUUAUAUCAUUCAAGAUAUUUAUGAUUUUCAUGUUUAAUAUGAUCAUAUUGAUUCUAACGUCAAUGCUAGCUCGUGGCAUUGAGGAGAAUUUAAACAAGCAAAGGUGGUCAAAAGGUGACACAGUUAUGAUUUUAAUCAAAUGCUUUAUCAGACAAACAGCUAACAUUAAGUUUAGUGGUGUUGUAUCGAGAUGCAUGAUUUUGAUGGUUGUGCUUUAUUCCUUGAUCAUCGAUUGCGUUAUGGAUGGUAUAGUAACUUCAGCUAUUACAUACCCUAGAAACAAACCAGAAAUAAAUACACGUUCUGACUUGCAAAAUUUAAAUUUGACUCUCGGGAUCCACAACAGACAUAUCAAUAUGUUCGCCAAGUCAGAAUUCACGGCUUUGAAAAAUCGAAUAGAAAUUAUAACAGACAAAAAAAUUAAAGAAUUAAUUGUCAACAGAAGGUUUGAGUAUGCAAUACUGUUGAGAAAAUCUGACGCUAUGUAUAUAAGCAGAAAACCAUCAAAUAUGCAUGAUGGAAAACCUGUAUACCACACAACGAACGAUUGCCCAUUGCCUUGUUUUAUUGUAUACGGUCUGCGAUAUGGAAGCCCAUAUCUUGACAAAUUGAACAAUAUCUUGCACCGCCUGAGUCAAAGUGGAAUUCUAGAGUACUGGUCCAAAACAGAGGAAUAUAAGCUCAAUAAGAAUCUAUAUCGGAAUGAAAAAGAGAUAAAAGCGUUGAGUUUCGAAAACCUUUCAGAAAUAUUUUAUGUGUGGCUGUCUGCAUUAUUAUUGAGUUCUUUUGUAUUCAUUGUAGAACUGUUCUGGCCACAUUUUCGUCAAAUAUUUAUUAAAAAGCACAUCAAAAACGUAUUAUUAAAAUAGUUAUCUAUUACCAUUACCACGAAAUUUUAGGGGUUACCACUAAUAAAAAUAAGAAAUUUA